AUGGCGGAUACCGGCGUGGAUAUCGCAUCUCUCACAGCCGACCAGCAAGCUGCGCUCCAACAAUACACUGCCGUUACCGACCAAGCAACAUCCGAUGCGAUACCGAUACUUCAACGCGCGCAAUGGAACGUCAACAUAGCGGUAACCCGCUUCUUUGACGGCGAACCGACCGAAGACCCAGUCGCUGCAGCCCCCGCCCAACUACCACCGCCCCAAGACAUUCGACGACAAGAAACACUGCUGAAUGGUUUUGCCUCACCGCGAUCAUCAACAGGUAGUGGGAGAAGAGUGAGGAUAGAACCUGCUCCGAGGGUGGUCCCGCAGCCAGAAAGCCAAGUCAGCACACAAGUACCGCUAGUGCUUGCCAUAUUCUUCGCGCCAUUCUCGCUCGUAUACUCUUUAUUCGCAAAAUCCUUCCGGUUGUUAGGAUGGAUCUUCCCCUUUCUGCCGCGCGCAUGGGGGAGGGUCACAGCUAGCAAUAUCAACACACCCGCCUCUCAACGCAGCGCAAGCGGACGACGACCUUUGAACCCGCGAGAUACAGCGGCGCGUUUCAUUCGCGAGUUCGAGGAGGAAUACGGAAGCCACAACCUGCCGUUCUUCGAGAGUGGAUAUGCACAAGCCUUCGAUCUGGCGAAGAAGAACCUCCAGUUCUUGAUGGUCGUGCUGGUCAGCCCAGAGCAUGACGAGACAUCAUCUUUUAUACGGGACACACUUCUAUCGCCAGAGGUCGUAGAGUUCGUGCGGAACCCCCAGAACAACAUCAUACUUUGGGCAGGCAAUGUGCAAGAUUCGGAGGCAUAUCAAGUUUCCGCCGCCUUAUCGUGCACCAAGUUCCCUUUUACGGGUCUCAUCGUACACACACCGCAAGUUUCGUCGACGGCUAUGGGCAUUGCGGCACGCGUAGCCGGUCCCACGCCCCCACAACAAUACAUUGCCAAGUUAAGACAGGCAAUGCAGCAACACACGGAGCCGCUCAAUCGCGUACGUAGUCAGCGUGCGGAACAACAAGCGACACGAAACAUUCGAGAACAACAAAAUAGCGCAUAUGAACGCUCACUGGCAGCGGACCGAGAGAAGGCCCGCAAGAAGAAGGAGGAAGCAGAGCGUAAAGCCCGAGAAGAAAAGGAAGCACUUGAACGCGAACAAGCCAUCGAACGAUACGCACAAAACCUCGCUCAAUGGCGGCAAUGGCGCGCUGCAUCUAUACACUCUGAGCCUGGUCCUGAGGACAAGGACAUUGUACGCAUCAGUCUUCGCAUGCCCAAUGCAGAGCGUGUGGUCCGCAAAUUCGCCGCCGAUGCACAUAUAGAGGAACUCUAUGCAUUCGUCGAAUGUUACGAUAUUCUCCACUCUGAAGAAGGUGUACAGGAGAAUGUGGAACGGCCGAAAAACUUUGAGCAUGAGUACAAGUUCCAACUGGUUAGUCCCAUGCCGCGCGAGGUAUACGAGCUCAAGACUGGUGGCACGAUCAAAGAGCGUAUUGGACGAAGCGGUAAUUUGAUUGUUGAGCGGACGGAUCUAGAGGACGAAGAGGAAGACGACGAGGAAUAA